AUGGCGGAAGCUGCUAUAACCCUUGUGGCUACAGCAGGCAAUCCAGUUAUGGAGGAAGCUGCUACAGACCACAAGGUUAUGGUUACAUCUCUGGCUAUAGCGGAAGCCCUUGUGGCUACAGCAGGCAAUCCAGUUAUGGAGGAAGCUGCUACAGACCACAAGGUUAUGGUUACAUCUCUGGCUAUAGCGGAAGCCCUUGUGGCUACAGCAGGCAAUCCAGUUAUGGAGGAAGCUGCUACAGACCACAAGGUUAUGGUUACGUCUCUGGCUAUGGCGGAAGCUGCUAUAACCCUUGUGGCUACAGCAGGCAAUCCAGUUAUGGAGGAAGCUGCUACAGACCACAAGGUUAUGGCUACGUCUCUGGCUCUGGCGGGAGCUGCUAUGAUCCUUGUGGCUAUAGCUGCCAAUCCAGUUAUGGAGGAAGCUGCUACAGACCACAAGGUUAUGGCUACGUCUCUGGCUCUGGCGGGAGCUGCUAUGAUCCUUGUGGCUACAGCUGCCAAUCCAGUUAUGGAGGAAGCUGCUAUAGGCCACAAGGUUAUGGUUACAUCUCUGGGAAAUCCUGCUAUGGACCACGUGGCUAUAAAUCCCUCUCCGGUUAUAGCGGAAGCUGCUAUGAACCAUGUGUCCAUAGUCCCCUCUACAGUUACAGCAAAAGCUGCUCUGGGUCACAUGGCUACGGUUACAGCUCUGGCUAUGGCGGAAGCUGCUGCGACCCAUGUUAUGGCGGAAGCGGCUACAAGUCACAAGGUUGUGGUUACCUCUCAAGCCAAGGCAGCAGCAGCUGCUACAAGCCACGUAAAUAUAGCAGUGUCUGCGGUUAUGGCGGAAGCUGCCACGAACCACGUGGUUAUGGGUACCGCUGCGGUUACGGCGACAGUUCCUGCGACCCAUGCUAUGCUCCCAGCUGCCACCAGCCACGCUAUGCCUACCGGCGCAGUUACAGCUGCCGAUCCACUUCCAGUGACCCGUGUUACUAAGGCUCAGGAUCAUCAUACCCAUCCAGUCACUGGAGGCAAGACAGUGGCAGCUCUGUUGGUUGUGGACCAUGCUAAACCCAGAAGAAAAAAUAAUCUCCAGGAAGACCAAGAAGACUCAAGAUAUUUGAAAGCACUGCUGAGCUUAGUACAUAUUGUUUCUUCUGAGAAAUGCUCAUCGCCUCCAAAACACACACGCACACCUACAAUUACAGUUGGAGUGAACCCAAAGUUUUGA